AUGGUGCAGCUCGGGGACAGCCGCCCAGCCCCACCGCCGGUCCCGGCCGCUCCGCCGGCCUUCAGCAUCGACAGUAUCCUGCAGGUCGGACCCCGCUGCCCGGCCCGGGAGCACGGCAGAGCGCGCUGCGCGCUGCCGGAGGAGGAGGAAGAAGAGGGGCCUGCGGAGCAAGACUCCAGUAAAGGCUCCAGCACCUCGGGCAGUGAGCCUCGCCGGCUCGGGGACGAGGGGACAAACCGCGGCCUCAGCCCGGAGGUGGACGGUGGCGGCGGAGCGGGCUCCCCGCUCUCAACGGAGGGGAUGCGCGGGGCCCCGCAGCCGCCACCGCGAGAUGCCGGGGGCUGCGUCGGGGAGAGCAGCAGGUCGCCGACGGCGGGCGGCAGAAAGAAGACGCGGACCAUCUUCUCCAAGAGCCAGGUUUUUCAGUUGGAGUCCACCUUCGACGUGAAGCGCUACCUGAGCAGCUCGGAACGGGCCGGGCUGGCGGCUGCGCUGCAUCUCACCGAGACCCAGGUGAAGAUCUGGUUCCAGAACCGCCGCAACAAGCUUAAGAGACAGAUGUCGGCCGAGCCCGAGGGCCCGAGCCCGACGGAGCCCCCGAUGGAGCCACCGCCCCCAGCCGCCGCGGCGGCUCUCUCCUUCCCGGCCCUUUACAAGGACAGCCCCUUGCUCAGCCGUUGCUUGCUGCCGCUGCCUUUCCCCCUGCUUUACCCGGGCAGCGCCAUCCCCUACCUCUGCCUCCCCGGCCCCGGCAAACACUUCAGCCUGGUGGACGGGGACGUAUAGCCUCUCUACCGGCCCCCAACUUUCCUCUUGAUGGGGGCCAUCCCGGUGCUAUUUAUGCCCUCGCCGUGUCAGUGGGGUGUCCGCUUUGACCACAGCCGGUGGCAGCAGUGACUUGUCCCACGGAGGGGCAGCCCAGGCUCCCCUCACGAGUGUUCGUGGGCAGCCUGCACGUCAGUAAAGCUUGAAAAGGCGCUGCUAGCCCGCCCUGGUUCUUGCAGCGCUUUUUCUUUGGUCAGGACGGAGGAGUUAGCAUGAAGCCACCAAAGAAAUGGGGAUGUGUUCUGCCUCCCUCCCUCCCAAAUUAUCUA